CAAGAUGAUCAGGCACCAGCAGCACAGGCGUCUUCUUCAUUGGACCAUGUAUGCUUGCUAGAUAUCGACAGCUACCCUCGCAUGACUAGAAAUACUGGCAUCAUCUGUACUAUUGGACCGGCAUCACGCACUGUUGACAAAUUAGUUCAGUUGAUAAGAAAUGGUAUGAAUAUAGCUCGACUAAAUUUUUCCCAUGGAACUCAUGAUUACCAUAGAGAAACUAUCAAUAAUAUCAGAGAAGCAAUAAGGCGUAGUCCAUUGUUUCGUACUGUUGCAAUUGCUCUUGAUACUAAGGGUCCGGAAAUUCGCACUGGUUUAAUUGCUGGCAGCGGUACAGGAGAAGUCGAAUUGAAAACUGGAAAUGCCUUCAAACUUAGUUUAAGUGAAAGCGAUUAUAAAAAUGGAAGUACUGCAGGCACUUAUGUUGAUUACAAAAAUUUAACCAAAGUGCUAUCUCUUGGCAGCAAAAUUUACAUAGACGAUGGGCUUAUUUCUUUGUUGGUUACGGAAAUUGGACCUGAUUUUGUCAUGACUAAAAUUGAAAAUGGUGGCUCUCUUGGAAGUCACAAAGGAGUUAAUUUGCCUAAUGCUAUAGUUGACUUGCCAGCUGUUUCCGAGCGAGACAAAAAUGAUUUACGAUUUGGCGUAGAAAUGGAGGUUGAUAUGGUUUUUGCAUCCUUUAUCCGUAAAGGAGCAGAUGUUCGUGCUGUAAGGGCUGCUAUGGGUGAAUAUGGUGAUAGAGUUCGAAUCAUUUCAAAAAUUGAAAAUCAUGAAGGCGUUAGCAAUAUUGAUGACAUUAUCACUGCAAGUGAUGGUAUUAUGGUAGCACGAGGUGACCUUGGAAUUGAAAUACCUCCAGAAAAAGUAAUCAUUGCUCAGAAAAUGAUGAUCGGACGGUGUAAUAGAAUUGGAAAACCAGUCAUUUGUGCAACCCAGAUGUUAGAGAGUAUGAUAUCAAAGCCACGGCCUACUAGAGCAGAAGUAUCUGAUGUAGCCAACGCUGUGCUAGAUGGUGCAGACUGCGUAAUGUUGUCUGGUGAAACUGCGAAAGGAGCAUACCCAGUUGAGGCAGUAAAGAUCAUGCACAAAGUCUGCUUAGAAGCUGAAGCAGCCAUAUUUCAUAGAAUUUUAUUUGAUGAACUUCGUGCAAGUACUCCGACUCCUACAAUAACGGCUGAAACUUGUGCUAUUGCCGCAGUAGAUGCCUCGUUCAAGCAGUGUGCUAGUGCCAUCAUCGUCCUUACAACAACUGGCCGGUCUGCUGAGUUGCUUUCUCGAUUUCGACCGAGAUCACCGAUUAUUGCUGUUACGCGCAGUCCUCAAGCUGGAAAACAAUUGCAUCUUUAUCGUGGUUUAUUCCCUCUUAUCUACACUAAGGAACGUCUAUCAAAUUGGUCUGACGAUACUGAUGCUAGGAUAGACUUUGCUAUAGAAGAAGGCAAGCGACUGGGCAUCCUUGAAGAAGGUAGUCCCGUCAUUCUUGUUACGGGUUGGAAGGCAGGUUCCGGCCAUACCAAUACUAUACGUGUUACUAGAGCUUGAAUCGUGCAGAAGUUCUAGAAACCAUGAAAUUGAGUACGAUUUUCGACGCAUUACAGAUCAUAGAGAUUACCAACAGCCGUGUGAGUACAGUACUUUCGUUUGUACUGUAAUACAAAUGUUAUAGGUCAUACAGUAUAUUGAACACGUACUUGAUUAAUUAGGGUACCGCGUAUACUUAAUUGUAUUAUGGCAGCACAUAGAAUUGCCUAUAUAGAAGUUAGAUGUUAUGGUAUCUGCUACAACUAUCUAUUUCAUGUUUACUGCUUAUGAAUGCAAUAAAUUGUUGUUAAACC